CCGCAUGCCACUGUCCGAGUGAGUGGCAGAAGAAAAAUCUCAGGUUCAGAACGGGAACUUGUAUUUAUAUAUGCCUGUGGAUCGGAACUAUUUCCAAACAAAAACCUCGGGGGACAAGAAGAACCAACACAAAAGGGUAGAAAGUGAAGUGCAAGGAUGCCUUACGUACUCAUCAGCACACAAAUCCGACUGGAGACAGGUCCCACAAUGGUUGGCGAUGAAUAUUCAGAUUCAGCACUAAUGAACUAUUUAGGAGCCAGAAAGACUACAAUGCUAGGGAACAAUUUUUCGGAAUACCAUGUGGACGAGCCACCUCGAUUGAUUCUAGACAAGCUAGAGCAGGCUGGCUAUAGGGUGGUGAGCAUGACUGGGGUGGGCCAGACACUGGUGUGGUGUCUACACAAGGACACUCUAUGAACAACAUGGGGAUUCUAACUAGGAUGUCCUUUUACAUACCUUCAUCUCAGUGUCCCGUAAUAGUGAAGAGAAGCAUGUCUUCAAUUAUAAAUACUUUGUAAAAAGGUAGUACAGUCAUGCUUUCAAACACUUCCCAUGCAACAAAUAGGUCCAAAGAGUUUGAGAUGUUGUGAACUGUACCAUUUUAAUAUGCUCCCUUUGACUUUGUUCAUCCCUAUGAACUGUUCAGCUAUGUAUAUAUAUAUAUAUAUAUAUAUAUAUAUAUAUAUAUAUGUGUGUGUGUGUGUGUGUGUAUACCCAUAUUCCUUCGAAUUUAAGAUGCACUUUUUAACUUAAAUUCGAGUACAGUAGUGAUAUUAAAAUUGCUAACAAGACGUGACUAUCCGAGUACUCAAACAGCAGCGUCACUGACUGCUGAGAAAAGACGAACCAAAAUGUUACUGCCUGACAUACAGGCAGCCAUUUUCAAAGAAGUCAUUAGCUUACGAAUUCACUGAGGAGCUUUUACAAUUUCAGCAUUUCUAACAAACAGUACCAUCUUGGACAGAUUGGAAAUGCUGAUCAGACCCCUGUAUUUUUCGACAUGCCAAGCAAUACAGUUCCCAAAUUAUGGAGAAAAACAGGUGUGAGUAAUCACAACUGGAAAUGAGAAGCAACACAUAACUGUAAUGCUCUGUGUGAUAGCAGACGACCGCAAAUUGCCUCCAUAUGCGUAAUUGAGGUUGUAUCUUGAUAGAUGCAUAUUUAUUUUAUGUUUUAUUUUUUCCUCAAAUUGAGGGUGGGGAAUUUGAGCUGUGUCUUAAAUUCGAAGGAUACACAUACACACACACACACACACACACACACACACACAGUAUGUCUAGGAAAGAUAACUCAAAGCUGCAGGCCACAUCAAUCCUGUAUGAAAGAUCACUUUACUCAAAACAGCAGUCCAGUAAACUAAUGAAAUAUAUUAGAAUACCUCAGGCUGUUUCUGUUUCUGUUUCAUUGGUUAUCUUUGUUAUUCUGUAUAAAGAAUAAGACUUUGUAGAAGUCAAUUCCUUUGUGCUGCACAUAUGUGUAAUAUGUGAGCUAUAAAACAGAUAAUGGCUUUGUUAUAUGGGCAGGUUUCUGAGUAUGGCACUGCUGUGUAGUAUUGGAUAGUGUUGUACUAUCUAUUUAUUUGCUACUUUUUUAGGACCCAAUUACUGAUUUUUAUAGUAAGGAAACAUGGGAGUACUGUUAUGUAGACUUUAUAUUCAGUGUGUUUACUGUGAAAAACUAAUUUAAACAAGAAAAUAAAGAAAUGUGCAAUUUGUGGUAAAUAAGUUUUGUCAUUGAUUUAUU